UCGGUGCCGCGCGGGCCUCUGAACCUCCGCGGACACCCUAGCUUUCGGCUGCUGCUCCCCUGGCGGCUACCCUUAACCAAACCUCUUGCGGGUGGGUACGGCAGCUCUUUGGGGACAAAAGUCUUCCCUAUUCGUUACGCUCUGCUUCGUACUUCGUAUUUUGGGCAAAUCUGAGAAGGCAGGUAUUAGCGCCUCCAUUGAGCUGCUACCAGAGAGGUAGGAGAAAGGCUGAGCCUGGCGCGGAGUUCGGGCUGACUGGGGCCUAGGCCCGCGAAACGCCGUCGCUGCCCGGAUGUUGCGAUGGCUGAUUGGGGGAGGCCGAGAACCUCAGGGACUGGCCGAGCAAUCUCCUUUACAGACAAUAGGUGAAGAACAAACCCAGAACCCCUACACUGAACUGCUUGUACUGAAAGCUCAUCAUGAUAUUGUACGGUUUCUGGUACAGUUAGAUGAUUACAGAUUUGCAUCUGCUGGUGAUGAUGGAAUUGUAGUUGUGUGGAAUGCCCAGACAGGAGAAAAACUUCUGGAACUCAAUGGACACUCUCAAAAGAUAACAGCUAUCAUUACAUUUCCUUCUUUGGAAGCUUGUGAAGAAAAAAAUCAACUGAUCUUGACAGCCUCUGCUGACAGAACAGUUAUUGUAUGGGAUUGUGAUACUGGCAGACAAGUUCAUAAAGUGUCAUGCUUCCAGUCUACUGUAAAGUGUUUAGCUCUUCUUCAGAGACUAGAUGUUUGGCUUUCUGGUGGGAAUGACCUCUGUGUGUGGAACCGAAAAUUAGAUCUCCUGUGUAAGACUAGUCACCUUUCUGAUACAGGGAUCAGUGCUUUGAUUGAAAUACCUAAGAACUGUGUUGUGGCAGCAGUUGGCAAAGAACUGAUAAUUUUCAGGCUGGUAGCACCCACAGAGGGAUCACUAGGAUGGGAUAUUCUUCAAGUUAAGCGCCUCCUUGAUCACCAGGAUAAUAUUCUCUCACUGGUUAAUGUCAAUGAUUUGAGUUUUGUAACUGGCUCCCAUGUUGGAGAGCUCAUCAUCUGGGAUAUCCUGGACUGGACUGUGCAGGCCUGUGAACGCAACUUCUGGGACCCAUCUCCACAGCUGGACACUCAGCAAGAAAUAAAACUCUGUCAAAAGCCAAAUGACAUUUCUAUUCAUCAUUUCACAUGGGAUGAAGAGAAUGUGUUUGUUGCAGUUGGAAGGGGUUUAUACGUGUAUAACCUUCAAAUGAAGCGUGUGAUUGCCUGCCAGAAAACUGCACAUGACUCCAAUGUCCUGCACGUUGCCAAACUUCCAAACAGGCAGUUAAUCUCAUGCUCAGAAGAUGGCAGUGUACGCAUUUGGGAGUUACGAGAAAAACAGCAGCUUGCAGCUGAACCUGUACCAACAGGUUUUUUUAACAUGUGGGGAUUUGGAAGAGUAAAUAAACAAGCCAGCCACCCUGUUAAAAAACAACAAGAAAAUGCCACUUCAUGUUCACUAGAGCUUAUUGGAGAUUUAAUUGGACACUCAUCAUCUGUGGAGAUGUUUCUGUACUUUGAGGAUCAUGGACUAGUGACAUGUUCUGCUGAUCAUCUCAUUAUUUUGUGGAAAAAUGGAGAACGAGAAUCUGGAUUGCGCAGCUUAAAGUUAUUUCAAAAAUUAGAGGAGAAUGGUGACUUAAAUCUUGCUGUUUAGUUUAAGGAAUUUGAACACCUGUGCAUGAACCUUGAACAGUAAAUACAGGGGUAAUACUCUGAAAACCAUUACUAUAUUAAUCACUUAAAUUUUGUAAUUUUUUUUCUUGUUACUCCAUAAAAUUCCAAUUGUUUGAGUUCUUUUUUCUGGGGCUGCAAACCAGCAACAAGUUGCUUCUCAGGUAUUAGUACAUUCACCAAAGAAUAUAGCACAAGUUUUUCAUUUGACUUUUCACAUAACAGUUACCUGAAACCAUUGAAGGAAUGGGUCUAAUUUCAGCAGUGAAUUUUCAGAAAGUGAAGUUUUCAGAAUUCAUCACAUAUACCUGUUGAAGCAGAAUUAAAUUAUACCACGGUGUCCUCAUAGAGAUAAAUUUUUUAUGCUUUGAAAAAGGUUCUACACCAGAAAUUAUAUGAGCUUAUGUUUAAUGAGGAGAAGAGUACUUGGAACCUCUCACUCUCUUUAAUGUAAUUAUAUUGCCUCUAACUAAAUUUUUAUUCAUCAAAAGGGAUUAGAUUUUUAAAAUAUUACAUGUAAUUUCUUUCCUUUAGCCUUUUUGGAUUUUGAAAUACCUGACUUUGUUCUCCAAAGUUAGUAUUUUAACUAUACCUGUCAUUCUUUUAAAGAUUUAUUCAAGGAACCUACUUUUAUGGACAUAAAUAUACAUGAUCAUUAUAGACGAUAUUUUGGGAGAAAAAUGAAAAAAUCCAGUGAAGAGUAAAUAGGUAGGAUGUAGCAUAUCUUGAAUUUAAACCUUGAGAUAUCCAGAAAACUGAGGAAGUUUUCCUGUAGGAAAUGAAGAUUCCUCCCUGUAGGAAAUGAAGAUUCCAUAAUAAUUGUACUUUUUGCUGCUAUUGAAGUGGUGAGUGUUGUAUUUUAAGCUUCUUAAUUUGAACCUAGACCCUGGGAGGAGGUAGAAAUAGAAAUAACAGUAUUUUUCAUUCUUUGGUUUUCUUUAGAGCCUGUUUGAUUAAGAAUUCUUGUGAUAAAUUUAAAUAUAUCCUUUCUCCUACAAAUCCCCUUGGGUCUUUAGUAACUCUCAAUGUUCUAAAUAUGAAGCAAACCUGAAUCUCUCACUGUUUUAACUACAGCUUUUUUUUUUUUUUGGUGCCAACUAAUUUGUUUAAAUCAUUUUUUUAAAAAAAUUCUAGCUACUAAAAUCCCUAUAAACUCAAAUCAGGAGGAAUCUUAUUAGGGUGUAUUUUUUCCCCCUAGCCUGAACAGCUAUUGACUAGAUUCUUGGUAAUAGACCAGCAGCUGCCCCUCAUAUAUGCCAGAGAUGAGAGCGAGUUCAGUAAAGUUACAGUGUUUCUGAAGUGCCUGAUUGAUCUUACCAUUGGCUCAAAUAUGAAAUGCUUGAGACAGGCAUCACUUAUGAGUUUCUUGCAGACCACUGAGAUUUACUCAUCUUCAUCACCCCAUCAGCCUUAGAGCACUCUUUCUCCCUUUUGGUACUAAAGAAUAAAAAUUAAAAAGUGUUCCAUACAUUAAAAAA